GAGUCCUUGGUGAUGGGGCCCAGGAGGUUGAAGAAGAAGAAGAAGAAGCAGAAGCAGAAAAGGUGUCCCUUUUGCUUAGUGUCCCUUUUGCUUGCUUGCUUCUUGUUACAAAGUUUCUUGUUUUCUCUUUUCAACAACAAAUUGAGAAGUCAUGAUCUUCGUCGAUGGACUUCCAUUUCCAACCGAUUCCUCUCAGGAAAGGGGUGCCCUAGUAACCUUGCUGGAACACCCCAAGUUGGUAUCUGCCUCCAAUUCAUUCGAAGCUAUGCAGGAGGUGAAGUCAUCAGCAUCAAAGGAGUAUGCUUUGCAGGGUCGGUGGGUUUAUGUCUUCCAAAGAGAAUUCGCAACAGUUGACCCGGCACUUAUAGAUAUGUUUAUUUUUCCUUCCUUGCAUGUAAAGUUUAUUGGCACUGAUGAAGCAACUACUUGCGUGGGCCUUGUUAUUCGGAACCAGAGAAAUGGAAUGACUUCAGUUGCCCAUAUGGAUUCUACAAAAGUUGUCGAUAUUGGCCUCGCCCAAAUGUUGUCACUUGUUGUUGACAAAAAUUUUGAUGAUGACUUGGAUGUACAUUUGAUUGGUGGUUUUGAAGAUGUCUUACCUAAACAAGCUAACGGCUCCACUAGGUCUGAAACCCAGGCAAAAGGGGAUGGCUACUCCUUUCCUUUGUGUACCAAAAUAAUUGAAACUCUGCGUAAGAGAAAGGAAAAGUUUCACAUUCAAACUCUCUUUGUCCUUGGGCAUAACACCAAAAGGGAUUCUCAAGGAAAUGCAUACCCGGUUUUCAAUGGUUUUCUGGUAAAAACAUCCACUGGAUUCGUCAUCCCAGCCAGUUUUGAUAGAACUACGAGAUGCCCAGAUGAAAUUGUCAGAAGAAUUCGAAUCUCUGCUUCCCAUGAGGACCCCACUUGGAAGGGAAAGUUGCUGGAGACCUAUGAUACUCAAAAUGAUCGAUUUGUGAUUGCUCCAUGCUCUUGGACAUUUUGGCAAGUACAUGUUGCUUUGACAUUGCAAGAUCUUUCUGAUGAAGAGAUCCUCCUUCAGUGCUCUACUUCACCUUCUGCCGAGGGCCCUGAAUUUGUGGAUAAUUUAAGAAGCCGGCAGAUUUCUGUAGAUACAAAUGAUAAGUGCAGACUGAAAGAUUUUCCACUUUUCAGGCAGUGGGAUUAUUUGAUCAAACAACCACGCUGGAAUUUGACAUUCCCUACGAGGCAUCCACGUGUGUUUGAAUGGACUGCUGAUGGAUCCUGGAAAAGAUGCUUAUUUUCACCACAGGAUUCUUGGAAUGAAGAUGGAGGCUCAAACUUCUUUUCAGAUGACUUAGAUCUUCCCGAUGAAUAACAUUUUUCAUGCCUAUCCUUAUUUAUGAUAUUAGUAAUAUGAUAUCCAAUGUUUAUGUUAUCAUCGAGACAUAUGAUUAAAUCACUUGAAUUUUCUGGCA